UCAUUCUCCUCUUUGCGGACGUACAAGGUAGGUAUUGCGCAUGCAGUGUCGUACUUCGCGUUGGCAAGGCGGCAAAUGGUCGGACACCACCGAACAGCCGUAUAUGUAUGAUGGUGACAGCACAUAAUCUUCGUGAGGAUCCACAUAUCUUUCCGAAUCCUCAGGAUACCUAGUUCUCGGCGUGUCGUAUACCUCUCUUGCUUCCUUUCCCAUCAGGGGAUAUUAGGGCCGUGUCAUUCCACAGCGCACAAGCCUGGUCACUCCUGCGCACAACCAAGUCGCUCGGUCUCCUCCUCUUCUUCGAUGGCGUUCACGAUCGAUACACUACGGCUCGAGAUAGGGAAGCUCCACCAACAAUCCGUUGAUGGCCGGUCUUUCGUCGAUCCGCACGACCUCAAGUCACUUCUAUCGCGGCGGGCAAUCGCGGAGGUUAUACACCUUUGCGCGGUUCCGGACUGGCAACGAUCGAGCAUGGUCGACAUCAUUUUCGACAGGGGUCGCGUGCUCUUUGGCAUCCUCGUCUGGAAGAAAUGGCAUCGCGGUCUCACGGGAUUCAUCGAGCACGAUGCACUCGAUGAUGCGCUGCCGCUUGACGAAGCGAGGGCCAUGUUGAUUUCUGGGACCUUUGGUUGGGAGUUUGCACGGCACAUUCAAUGGGAGUUUCUGCCGAGGGUGUUGCUCCGAGAGAUGAGCGAUCACCAUUAUCAUUUCCAUAAGGACGAGAUCCUGCCGUUUACGAACGAGGCUUUCUUGGGGAACGGCUUCUUCGGCACUGUACACAAGAUGUCGGUAGUACCUUCAUUGCAGACCAUCUUUCCAAAACAGACAUCGCAAGUUUUCAUGGUCAGAAAGACGCUCCAGCAUGGAAAAUAUCUCGAGCGAGAAAUGGAAACUCUGCGGAUCCUCCAUCGGCUACAGCACCCCAACGUAGUAAAGCUCUUAGGCACAUACACGUACCAGGAUCGCCACCACUUCCUAUUCCCUCUAUACGAAGUGGAUUUAGAGACGUUUCUAGCCCUUCCACAGCGUCACGGAGGGUUCGAGAAAGAUUACACCAUCUAUACAGCCCUGCAAGGACUUUCAUCGGCACUGGAGAAUAUCCAUUCAAUUACUCUCAGUACCGGUGACCACGACACGGAGCUCAACCGAAUCGGCUACCACCAUGAUAUCGGGCCCGCAAAUAUCCUCGUCGACUCGAAGACGUUCUAUCUCGCCGAUUUUGGGUACGCAAAGACAAAGUUGGAGGAGGAAAACUCUCAGACAAAGUGGAAAUCAGGCCUGGGAGAUUAUGUAGGGCCGGAAUGCAUGGAUCCGAAGCAAGGGUUGAUGUAUCAACAUGUAGGAAGGCCACUGGAUAUAUGGUCGUAUGGAUGCAUGUUGUCGGAGAUCGCGGCGUACAUACAGGACGGACCGGACGGCGUGAAAAGCUUCCGAGACCAGCGUUUCGGGGUCGGUUUCUUCCACAAUGUGAAGGAUCAAUAUUUCUUCCGAGGCGAGUUCUUGAGGCCGUCGGUUCUUCGUUGGUUCAACCAAACAAAAGCGAAAUCAAACGAUCCAGCGUUCCGGCUUUUGCUCGAUGUGGCAUUAUCAAUGCUUAGAAUCGACCCCAAACAACGCCCCAAGGCUAAGCAGGUCAACCUGGAGCUGUCCUUCGUGAGCGCCAUGGCCCUUUUUAACGCCGUACAAACUGUUUUCCAACACUACCUCCAUGCAUUGCAGGCGGCAAAAGACGCCUCUGGGAAGCCCGACACAAUUCAGCUUGAGUAUACGCGUUUCACUGCAUGGGGGAAUGCCCUACAGCUUACGGGAGCCGGUGGUGUUUCGCCCGAUGAUAUGGCCGCUGUCGGCGGGAUAGAGAGCUCCGUUCGACAGGUUCUGAUCGGCUUACUCGGAGAAUUUGAUCACGCCCCCCAGAACGAAGAAUCCAUGCUGCCUUCCGCGGACAUGACUGCCAACCGCAGACCAUCCCACGAGCGGAUUAGGGACCACAUUGACAAGCUGGAGGAUUCCCUUCAGAGCUGGUACCGAGAAAACCCAAGGCAAGCGGGGCUAGAAGAUCUGUUGAUUCCCAAAAGCUAUGCGCCAAUUGCGCUGGACGGUAUUGGAUUAGAUUCCCCACCGGAUGACUGUUCAAAACUCAGCACUAGGCUCACAUCGAGUAAACUGGAAAACCUACGGCCAGUGACGGUUCAAUAUCGGUCUGAAAUGUCUAGCUCAAAGGCUUUCGAGAUGGAAGCCUUGCGGCUGACUUCGAGCGCGCUCGAUAUCGCAACACGGUUCGAAGAGGGUAUCUCAAUCGGUCAGUACAAUGAAAAGAACGUCAUAAUCGAAUGGGUCACUCCUACGGCGAAAUGGAGCGCGAUGACGACCUCGGAAAGAUGUCAGCUGAUGCAGCUGAUGGCCGAAGAUUUCCGUCAACUAUCGGGACCAGGCGGGCUUCGAGUUCUUGAAUGCAUUGGUUUCGUGACACCGUCCUUGAAUACAACUGGUCCUCGGGAUUCUGGCUUUGUUUUUGCGUACCCUCGGCGUCCAUCGGAGCAGGCGGAGCAGGCGGAAGCUGCCGAAGCACCCAAGAAGCUCCACCCGAUCAGUCUUUACACAAUAUUGAAGCAAGGAGACAAAUUGAAGUACCAUAUUUCGCUCGGAGCGAGGCUCCGGUUGGCACACAUGCUAGUCAGCUAUGUUCACGAGAUGCACUUGGUUGGAUGGUUACAUGAGGAUAUGAACUCCAAGAAUGUGGUCUUCUUUCAAGAGGAACUCAAGGGGGGUUGUUCUGAUGUCUCGAGGCUAUCUGAAGAGCUGGGGAAUCCUUACCUGCUCAACUAUCACCAUUCGUGGUCUUCGCCUCGAGAAGGACAAACCGAGGGAUCAGCCACCUCAGCAGUGGGAAGCGGGAGUUCGUGCAUGCAUGCUUCCCAGAACCCAGAGUAUGUCUCCGCCCAACAACACUCCUGCGACUCGUACGACUAUCAUAGCGUCGGAACAAUUCUUCUAGAAAUUGGUGGUUGGUAUCCGCUGGAAAAGUUUCUCGCAAACAGCCGUAGGUUGGAAUCAAAUCCCCCGGCGUUCCGAGACGAGCUGGUCAAAAAAUAUGCCCCAAGGUUGCGCCACCUUAUGGGAUCGACGUAUGCGAAUGCAACGCUUGCUUGCCUUUGCAGCAAUUUUGGCAGCGGUAGCGGCUCGCGACAGAAGGUCCUUGAGGAGUUCUAUGAAAACGUUGUUGGCCCGCUGCGAGAACUAUCGACUUUCCCGGUAUAAGUUGUUUGAUCGAGUUGCUGGUCAGCGAAAAGCCGAGAUAGAGUAAAUUGAACGAGAAAUUAAAGCUGGAGGGGUUAAACACUAUCACGCUUGGACAUCAUGAGGGUCAGUGGGUUGCAUAAGAGACAGUUGUGGGUAUUGAGCAUCAAAUUGUCUCCAGGGCCGGUUCAAUCCGAUGGUGACGAAGUGAUACCCCUCAAGCUAGGGAAAUUUCGAUUUCACUCGUACCCAAGAUUUAUUUACUGUGGUUAGUUUGACUAUUAUCAGCCAGUCCAGCUGGGUGGCUA